AUGAACAGUGAACGUGAACGUGUUAGAUCAAAAAAUUUUGAAACACAAGAAAUUUGCCUACUUGUAGAUUUGGUUAGACAAAACAAGAAGGUGAUCGAGUGCAAAGAAACUGGAAUCGUCAAUAAUAAGCAAAAGGGGAUAGCCUGGGAGAAGUCAGAAACAUUUAAUGCCAUUUCUGGUACCGUGCCUCGAACGUCCAGGAAUCUAAAAGACAAAUGGACAAAUUUAAAAAAAACCGCAGUUCGCAAUUUUGCCCACGAUAAAAAAUACGCACGAGGCACUGGCGGUGGUCCCUCCAAAGGCCCAACAGAGACGUCAGUAGACGCAACUGUCCGCGAAAUUUUGGGAGACAGAUUGACAGGUUUACCAGCGGUGUGUGAUAAUGAUGUUUUAGAUGUAGAAGAAAUAAGAAACGGAAAUGAAAUUGAGGAUUCAAUUGUCCCAGAGAUUGAAAAUGAAGAGAAUAUGGGGACGUCAAACAGCUUCUUCACAGAAAACAGUGCCUCUUCAUCACAAUUAGUUUUAGAAGAAGACGUAGUUGCACAACGGGGGGAUACGCGGGAAAAUGAAUUAGGUAAGAUAUAA